AAAGCAAACGACAGGCAUUUGUCUGCACAUUUGUUUAUUUUCCAGUAAGCCUUCAGUGGUUCCAGUAGCUGUUGAGAAGAGGUUCGAAAGACGUUUGGAUGUGUUCUUGUAAGCGAUCGCUUCUAAUGCCAUUCGAUGGCCAGAACGGAAACUUGUAUGAGAAUCAACAAAAGUGGAAUGCUUCUAAGAUACCUGGUACUGGUUCUCAGCCUAGUGUGUGUAGAUCUUCUGUCUUGGUGGCUGUCGUUGUAUGGCCGGUGGGGACUGGGAAGUGCUCAACUGUGUUGAAGAGAGCGCAAAACAUAAGAGCUCCAGCCUCCACGCACGGCCGACCAGUUCUACCUGUGUCUUUUCUUCCUCCACGGAUAAAAGCUUCUGUCAACCGCAGCCCGAUCCACCUAGCAAAUGUGUGUUGUUUACAUGCGGGAAACCUCCAGAAAUUGAGAUUGUUCUGUCGGACAACGCAAAACCCGGUCCAAACUCCGCAAAGCCCGAGCCAGCCACGCCCACGCAAGCUAAAUCCUUCCGACACCACAACCAGCCAUCAUUUCACUCAAUCAUAUUCCUAGAUCGCAAUUGAAGGAGUCCUAGACAUUUCAAACACUGCAUCUGCUUACAAUGGUCCCACCCUUGCAGGAGAAGCUUUUCUUCAUUUUCUGCUCAUGUCGGAAUCAUAAGGUUUGAGCAUGUCGUCAUGGAUUACUGGUGUUGUCAGCUAUAAAGGCACCGACAUCUUCUGCUACCCCAUCCCUCUUUCCCCUUAACUUUUCCCUCAUCACC